CCCAAUUAAAUCACAGCGCUCGAUCCCUCCCCCUUAUAAGCCGAGGACAAGAGGAGUCCACUGCGCACAACAAGCUCAUCCGCGUCUUGCGCUUCUGUUCUUUCCCCUCCUGCCUCUCUUCGGAGGAGGCCCGGCUUUGUUUGCUAGCCCUGUUGAACCUGCUACUGCUCUCUGGUUCUGCGUUGUCCGGGGAUCAAUGGAGAACUACGGCCGCCACUUCGACAACAACGAAGCCCAGCUCCCGCCAGGCUUUCGUUUCCAUCCCACCGACGAGGAGCUCAUCACGUACUAUCUCCUCAAGAAGGUCCUCGACAGCAGCUUCACCGGCCGGGCCAUCGCCGAGAUCGACUUGAACAAGUGCGAACCUUGGGAGCUUCCAGACAAGGCUAAGAUGGGGGAGAAGGAAUGGUACUUCUUCAGCCUUCGGGACCGCAAGUACCCCACCGGGCUGCGAACCAACAGGGCGACGGAUGCCGGCUACUGGAAGGCAACUGGGAAGGACAGGGAGAUCUACAGCUCAAAGACUAUGUCGCUGGUGGGGAUGAAGAAGACGUUGGUGUUCUACAAGGGCAGGGCUCCCAAGGGGGAGAAGAGCAACUGGGUGAUGCAUGAGUAUAGGCUGGAAGGGAAGUUUGCCUACCACUUCCUAUCGAGGUCCUCCAAGGACGAGUGGGUGGUGUCCCGGGUCUUCCAGAAGUGCGGCGGAGGCGGCGGCGGCGGAAGCGGCAAGAAGACUCGUCUCGCCCUCGCCGGAUCCCACUUCUCGAACUCCGGCAACACCGGCGGCGGCGGAGGGUGUGGUUCAACGUCCUCUUCCACCCUCCCGCCGCUCCUCGAGCCGACCCCGCUGCCAUUCUCGGCAGGUCUUAAGGCCCCCGACCGAGAGAGCUGCUCCUACGACAGCACGGAUAGGGAGCCCGUGCCCUGCUUCUCCACUGCCGCCGCUGCCGCCACCGGCCUCGGCCUCCACAUUCCGCCGCCACCACAAGGCCCAGCCAUCUUCGGUCCAACCGGCGCCUUCCCGUGCCUACGUUCGCUCCACGAGAAUCUCCAGCUGCCGUUCUUCCUGUCCGGAAUGGCUGCGCAGCCGGUGUACGCCGGUCCGUCGCCGGCGGUAGUUGUCGACGCAGGGAUCGGCACUCGGAGCGAGGGGGCAGGCUGGCCGUCUGAUCUGGAUCGUAAGGCCGAGGCUGCAGCUGCUGUGGUAAGGGCCCAUCCCAUGCCCGUGGGUUCCACGGAGCUCGACUGCCUCUGGACUUUCUAGACCGACCUCUUCGGUCUCACUGUGACCACUGCUACUAUAUAUGACGUCGUACGUACUCUUGGUGUUGCUGUCUUCUAU